GCGUGAAAGAAAGACAAUAGCGGUGAAACAAAAGAAAUCUCUUUGCCUGCGUAUAAGGCUAUAAGCUUUGGCUAAUUGGCUGAACCCCUCUUUGGCAGAAUUCCAUAGGAUGUUGACGAGAUGGAGCAGAGCGAUUUCCCAGUUUGGUAGAGUUAACUCCGAAUUGGGAAGACAUUUGCGUUCUUUUCACUGUCGAGAUUAUUCCAAGGUUGCCGCCGUUGCUGAGCCGGCUGCUGAUAAACUCUACAAUAAUGCCCAGGUAAAUUUGAACAAGAUGUUCUGGUCUAAGCCUCAUUCACUGGCACUAGCACCUGAUUCACCAUUCAGAGUUGAAGAUCCACAAUACGAGGGCUUUAAGCGCGUUAUAUUUAAGCUAAUGCUGUUUUAUAGUAAGCAAAGCAAGUCCAUUCGAGGGGCAAAUGUUAUUUAUCAUCGUGUUAUUCACCAAGUUGAUAGACCUGCUAUUUACGAUGUAUUUAGCUUGGAGAAAACAUUUAAGACCACAUUUUCGUUACUAGUUAUCCAUAUGUGGCUUUGCUUGCGACGGUUGAAACAGGAGGGUAAGGAAGGUGUUGAACUGGGACAGUACUUGUAUGAGAUUUAUAAUCAUGAUGUGGAGCUGAGAGUUUCCAAAGCUGGGGUUAACUUAUUGUUGAUUAAAUGGAUGAAGGAUUUAGAAAAGAUAUUUUAUGGUAAUAUAGUCGCUUAUGAUGCUGCGAUGCUUCCUGAAGCUAAGCAGGAUGAGUUGCAGAAUGUGAUUUGGAGGAAUGUCUUCUCUGAUGAUGGUAGUACCUCCACACCAAGUGAUGCUGCCUUGCUUCCUGUCCAGGCUAUGUCAAGGUAUGUUCGCAGGGAAUCCAACUGUCUGUCAUUUACAGCUAAGGAAGCUAUAUAUUCGGGGAACUUCAUGUUCACCUCAUUGGACAGCACAACAGCUGGUACAGUGUAAUGAGGAGAGAGAUCAAAACCAAACAUGCACACAUCAAGCGUACCAAAAUGCAUGGAUGGAUCCAGGCUUGUCAGUGAUAUUAUAAAGAUACUGCUGAUUGUUUAAUUAAGCAAGAGAUGUGACGUCCACUAUUCUCUAUCUUUAGUAAAUUUGGUACAAGUCUGAAGCUGCUGGUUUUUUGUUCCCCAGCAUGAAACUUGGAUAAAAAUAUCCUACUGUCAGAUGUUAAUUGCUUUGAUUUAAAUUAUAAAAGUAAUAUACGAGAGUUCAAGAUUUGGAAUUCUGGAAGUGUAGCGAUGUAUAUUUCUGUUAUUUACUUUGUGGGAAAUGUAGGAUGUGAGCUUACAGCUUAAAUUGAUCCGGGAUUUGUUGCGAAAGAAGUGCUUAACUAGCAA